GAGGCAAGGCUAACCAUAAUCUAUGGAUCACACGUGCCUAUGUGAGCACGACUGAAUCGGUAGUGAACGGCCGGGCCAACUGGAACAUGCCCAAACACCUUGCUCGAUUCGAGUUUACUUCCUCAGAAUCCUCCCCAGAUGUGCUUGGUGUACGAGUAUAUGCUGCCAAGAAUGCAGAGGGGUCUGAAAAUGCCGACUCUCCUUCGUUCAACGACGAACCCUUUUUCGCCAUCGAGCUCAAGAACUCCAAGAUCCCAUUACCGGCUGUCCCAAUGGACACACGGAUCAUGCCUUAUGACCUCACACUUGUGCAGCCUCCCUUACGACCCUCGGAGCACCCCGAGAAGGAUGGUCUCAUUGGCACCUCUGCAUGGAUGACCGUAUUACCGAUCUACAAAGGGAAAAUCAAGCCGGCCUACAUUAGAGGAUUGUUAACUGGAGGAAAGAUAUCUAACGGAGUCGACCUUCCAGACAUCCAUCCUUGGUCUACGGUUAUCCACUGGCCG